AUGGGCGCGGCAGACGGCGCAGCUGGUAUCCCAUACUACGAAAAGCAGCGACAGCAUCUCAAAGAGCUGCUGAACAAGAAGAAGCUUUUGGAAAAACGUCUGCUUGCGCAAGAAGAAUCCAUCUACCAAAAAGAAACCGAGUAUCUCGAAAACACGCCAGCGGGCAACAUCAUUACGGGCUUCGACAACUACACCAAAGGCACCGCCAACGUCGCAGCACAGCGCAGGAAGACGGGAUUGACAGACGCGAACCGUGUUUUCUCCAGGAGUUCGAUAUCGUAUAAUCCGGCGGCUCAACAAGAAUCACAAACACCAGCCUCUUCAGCCCCGGCUUCCCACGCGCCGACGCCGGUUUCUACAUCGUUCAAUAACAAGGACGGCGCAUCAAGUGCGCCCACGCCCACUUCGGCCACGGCCGGUAAGGCGAACUCCAAGAAGAAAAAAGCGGCGACGUCAGGUGGUGCGGGAGUUGAAGAUAGCGAGACGGAUUCGAGAGAGACGAAGAAGGCGAGGACGAACUUUGGGGCUGUUCGCAAGUAA